CGCCGAGGUAAUUCAGUAGAGGAGGGAAACGACAAUAGGGAAAAUUGAAUAUCAGAAUGGUGGUGAAUUUCAAGGUGUUCAAAAAGUCAUCACCGAACGGCAAGAUCUCUGUGUACCUGGGUAAGCGAGACUUCAUCGAUUACCUAUCGGGAGUGGAGCCAGUCGAUGGGGUCAUCCUGCUGGAUCAGGAGUACGUGGACGGAGGACGUAUAGUCUGGGCCCAGCUGAUAUGCAGCUUCCGGUACGGAAGAGAGGAGGACGAGGUGAUGGGCCUGAAUUUUCAAAAGGACCUGUACCUGGUAUCGGAGCAGAUUUAUCCUCCGACGAAGAAGAUGGAGGCUAACCUGACCCGACUUCAGGAACGUCUGGUCAGGAAAUUGGGUGCCAAUGCCAUUCCCUUCACUUUCACCUUCCCCCAAAGCGCACCGUCCAGCGUGACACUUCAGCCAGGUCCGGACGAGGCUGGUGAACCCUGCGGGGUCAGCUACUGCGUCAAGGUCUACUCCGGGGAAAGCGAGACCGACGUCACCCACAAGAGGAGCACCGUGUCCCUGGGCAUCAGGAAGAUCCAGUACGCCCCUACCAAACAGGGUCGCCAACCCUGCACGGUCGUUCGCAAGGACUUCUUGCUGAGUCCAGGUGAACUGGAGCUCGAGGUCACCCUGGAUAAGCAGCUGUACCAUCACGGCGAGAGGAUAGCCGUCAACGUCUGCGUCAGGAACAACAGCAACAAGGUCGUUAAGAAGAUCAAGGCCUUGGUCCAGCAGGGUAUAGACGUGGUCAUCUUCCAGAACGGACAGUUCAGAACGGUCAUCGACGCCGUUGAGACCCAGGACGGCUGUCCCAUAAAUCCUGGCUCCAACCUGCAGAAGGUCAUCUACCUCAAACCUGAACUGGAGAAUAACAAGCAUCGACGUGGAAUUGCUCUCGACGGCAGACUCAAAAGAGAGGACGGAGAACUGGCCUCCAGUACUCUCCUGACCUCACCGGACGUCCGUGACUCAUUUGGCAUUGUAGUCUCCUACGCUGUCAAGGUGAAGCUCUACCUUGGCGCAUUGGCAGGCGAACUUUCGGCCGAGCUACCCUUCAUCCUGAUGCAGCCGAAGCCGUCGGAAAGGGUGAAGCCGAUGCCUAGCGAGAGUCUGGCCUUUGAGGAACUUAUCCAAGAGGAAAAAGGAAACGAGGACGCGAACCUUCCGUUAAAAGCUUGAAAAAUUAUCAGCUCAAAAAUUAUAUUUCAUUUAUUAACCCAAAUUAUAGAUUAGACAAAGUCCUGCCGGCUGACUGAGGAAAAAUUUACAUAACGAAAUCAGCUAUUACUUGGCACGUAUUUUAUUCUGUAAUCAAGCUUUACGACACUCGAUUAUAUAAUGGUAUGUAAAGUGCGUAUCACGUGCAAUAAAAAUAAUUUAAAAAAUACA